AUGUCUACUUCACAUGGCUAUUUAUUUUCCAUUGCUAUGAAAGAGGAUAAACAAUCUCAAAAUAAUGAUGAAGCAUCAUCGAACUACAAUUUUGAUCGUUAUCAGAAGUCCAAGUGUUCUGGAAUGUCAUAUCGUCAGCUUGGAAAGACAUUUAUUAAUGUUUCAACUAUGGCAUUUAGAUGUGGAGUAAUGGGUGGAUUAUUUGGUGAUUUUAAAGAUUCAUUGGAUAAACUUCUAAAUGAAGCAUUGAGAAAUGGUGUAAAUUAUAUCGAUACUGCAUAUUGGUAUGGUCAAGCAGAUCCGAAGAACUUCUUGGACAACCAAAACAAUCUUUGGCGAAUCGCUGCAAGCACUACGAAACGAAUAGCUAAACUUACUGGAAAAGCAAAAUAUAUUGGCUUAGCCUUAUAUACACUUCGAAACAUUGUCUACGUAAUUGAAAACACUGACUUAAAAAUGGAUGUUGUGAUGACUUAUGGACGAGCAAAUUUUUGCGACAAUUCAUUGGGUGAAUAUAUACAACGACUUAAGUUGAGUAGGCAUUGUGAAUGGUGCACUAUUAUCGAUGGGCCUUCUCACAAACAAUGGACCACCAGAUUGGCAUCCUGCACCAUCACCUGUCUUUCAAGCUGUCUCCUGUUGCAAGGUUAG